UAGGGUUUUGGACGAAGAUCCGGCGUGAGUUGCCUCAAUAUAAGACGUCGGCGGUGAGCACGCGCAUCAGUUAGUGAAGAGCCGACAAGCGGACACAAUACCACAAUGAAGGUUUUAAUGUUAUUGUCAGCACUGGCGGUUGCGCAUGCGCAGUUCAACAAUGGACGCAUCCUUGAACCCCCAGUUCCCGCCCAGUGCGUUCAACGCAUCAUCCAUGAAAGAUACUCUGACAAUAAGGGUUACUACUUCUCGUGGCGGGACCCCGCAAAGAGAGGCGUUGAGGAAGACUGGCUGAGCGCAAGAAACUUCUGCCGGCAGCGUUGUAUGGACCUAGUCUCCUUAGAGACCAGCGAUGAAAACGAAUGGGUGAAAGCUCGUAUUGUGCAGGAUAAGAUCAAAUACAUCUGGACCUCCGGCCGUCUUUGCGACUUCAAAGGCUGCAACCGACCCGACCUGCUGCCUAACGAAAUCAACGGCUGGUUCUGGACAGCAGAACUGCAGAAGUUGGCUCCGACAACCAACAGACAACAGAACGACUGGUCAGAGGGCGGCGGUAUUGGAAAACCACAACCCGAUAACCGGGAAUUGCAGCAAGGUGGCGCUGCGGAACAUUGCGUAGCUAUCUUAAAUAACUUCUACAACGACGGAGUACACUGGCACGAUGUGGCCUGUCAUCACCGCAAGCCAUUCGUCUGCGAGGAAAACGACGCCCUACUCAAAUACGUCAGAUACACCAACCCCAACCUACGCGUCUAAUUUAUUCGUACCAAUAAAUUAUUUAUUCAAUAACCAGUAACAAAAAUCAAUUUCGUUUUCAAUGUUUUCAGUAAAUAAAAAUAGAAUUACUGUUACAAAAUACAUAUUAGACGUAAGUUUUACCUCAUUUAUUUAUGUUAGUGAAUGGUAGUCUAUAUCCACUCGAUAAGAUGAUUUAUUUAAAAUGUGUAAAUAAAGGCUGCUUCAAAACUA